AUGGGGAUACUCAACUACGAGCAGCAUGCUCACCGGCUGAUGGAGCCUGACCUGCGUAAGCAUCCGUGGUGAUUGUUGUGUGGUCUUCUUCCCCACCAGCGGUUGUGAUCCUUGUUGUGUCUUGUAUGCAGCUUUGCAGACUAGGUUGCAGCUGGCCGUGGAGGUGCGGGACAGCCUGGAGAUCGCGCACACGUCGGAGUACCUGAACUUUCUCAAGUGCUACUUCAGAGCGUUCUCGAUGAUUCUGACGCAGACGACCAAGCCUCAGAUGACGGAGAAUGUGGAGCACAAGCUAAGAAAUGUGGUGGUGGAUAUCCUCAACAGACUCCCUCACAGCGAGGUUCUUCGCCCCUUUGUCCAGGACCUCCUCAAGGUCUCCCUCCAGGUCCUCACGCAGGAUAACGAGGACAAUGCCCUCGUCGCUAUCCGCAUCAUCUUUGAUCUUCUCCGUAACUUUCGGCCCACUCUUGAGGCUGAGGUCCAGCCGUUCCUAGACUUUGUUGGGGCUAUCUACCUCAAUUUCCCUUCCACUGUGUCCUUUUUCUUCAGCAACUCUUCUGUAGGUGUCGAUGGCAACUCAGGCAUGCCACCGAGUGGUGGUAGUGGGUCUAUCACUGGUUCAUCAAUUUCAGUGGGCGGUGACGAGGGGAAUGUUGGACUGGAUGUUCCUGGUGUGUCUGUCGUGCCAUAUAUCGGCGCAGGACAGCUUAACCCUAGCACACGGUCUUUCAAGAUCGUUACAGAGAGCCCCCUUGUUGUUAUGUUCCUCUUCCAACUGUACUCAAAACUGGUGCAGACUAACAUACCCUACCUCCUGCCUCGAAUGGUUGCUGCAAUAUCUGUCUCAGGACCUGAGAAGGUUCCUUCUCACCUCAAGAACCAAUUCGUGGAUUUGAAAGGAGCGCAGGUUAAGGUGUGUGUAUAUUAAAUUAUUGCAAUCGUCAGUUUUCCAUGUACUAUGUUGUCUUCAUCAUUUCUAUUACUCGUCAUGGUUAAGUGGACGACACUGAACAUUAAUUUCUUUUUCAGACACUUUCUUUCUUGACAUACUUGCUAAAGAGUUGUGCUGAUUACAUAAAGCCGCACGAAGAGAGCAUCUGCAAGAGCAUUGUCAAUUUGCUUGUUACGUGUCCUGACUCAAUUUCUAUUAGAAAGGUGGAGUAUGGGGAAUAUGGAGCCCUGAGCAUCAUCUGUUGCUUUUUUGAGUGAUUAUUUCCUUCCUCUAUCUAUCAAUUCGAUUAUUGGGUGCUUAAAUUGAACUUGGAACUUUUUGUUAUGCGUGCAGGAAUUGUUGAUAGCUUUAAAACAUGUUCUGGGAACAGAAUUCAAGAGGGGUCUAUUUCCCUUAAUAGACACACUAUUGGAAGAGAGGUACUGUUCUCUUGAUUAUCCUUGUUUCUAUUCCUCACAGACGUCAGUCAGAUAUGAAAAAAAUUGAACGUUGCCUAGAAGAUAGGCCCUAUUUGAGAAAGCCAUGCACAAACUGGCAACUGCUUGACAAACGUUGACAGAGACGUGUAAUUGAAUUUGCUCCUCAAACUUUAGCAUAAAUAUAAUAAAAAUAAAUUAUAAUUUAUCCUGUACAUUUUUGAGUUACUGGACAUUAAUGAGAAAUUCUAAAUGUACUUGUCCACAUUGUAGCCUGGAGUUUUCAAGAUGAAUCUGUGACGUGAUUUCGUUUUUGAUAAUACUUUGGUUAGGUUACCUUAUGAAAGAUUAGACGUCAUUGUUUACACCAUAAAAAUGUGUAAUAUAUAGUUUCAGUUAUGACUAAUGGAAACUUCAGUUCAUGGAUUCCAUUGAACUUAUGCCACAUCAGAUCCAUGAUUUUGAAGAGACAUUGCGGCACACUUGUAUAAUCCCAUAUUCUAUGAAACUGAUGUUUAGGUUUUUUUGUUCCAUCCACGAAAAUAACUUUGGGGUUUGCUAAUGUUGCACGGAUGAUAACAUAAAAAAUGCCUGCGAUGGAAGUUCAUCCAAUGGUUGUACAUUUUAAUGUGGAUGACGGAAAGGCCCAUCACAGCAGAAAAUGACUGGUCGAAGCAGAGUAUAUCACCGUUACUAUAUUCUGAACAAGAUGGAGGAAAUCUAAUAUGUAGCCAUUAUAAAUAACUGCAUAGCAUGUAAGACCCCCAUGUGGCUGAGGUGCGAGUGACUAACUUGUUUGAAGCUUGAGGAUUUAGUGGAGCUCUGGGGAUUCUGGGGUUGUCUGGUGCUGGAACUUGGAGCACUUCAGAUGUUGCUUCUUUAUUGCAUUGCGACUGAUGCGUUUUUCUAGUGGAUGAGACGUUGGGUCCUUUGGUUGUCUCAUACAAUCUUGAUAGAACUGCUGCUGUGGGAAACUGGACCAUGUGUCACUUCGCCAUUUAAUGAAAUAGUCUUGCCACCUGUUAGUGUUACUCUCUUCUUGAUGUAAGAGAAUGUGAAAGAGAUAUGGUCUUUAUUCCUCUUGGUGUGUAGUUUCUUGGUUCUCAUAUGUUACAUCAUUUUCAUCAAAAUUUUAUUUUAGUUUAGCAAUUUUUUGACAAAUUUAACUUGCUGUGUUUCACAUAAAAUGGUACUUUUGGUAUAUGCAUAAAAAAGCCUCUAUAUGCAGUUAAGUACCUAUUAAAAUUCUUUGUUUCAAUAAAUAAAUUAUACCCCUUCUGGCUGAUUCUAUUUUCAUCUGCAUUAUUGUGUCAAAUCAUUAUCUACUGAAACCUUACCGUUGAUAGCCUUUUUCUCUUACAACUUAGACAAGAAUGAGAGACUCUGAUAAAUGAAAGCUGCUUUGGCAUAUUCUCUAUUGCGCAUGAAGAUUUUCCUAAAUAUAUGUUUCCCAUAAAAUUUAUUUUUUUGAGUUAAAAUUCUCUUUCAGAAGAUUUUUUCCAACCUAAAUGUAAUAUAGUUCAUCUUGUACCGGUUAUCAUGAUCUAGAAACACAAAGGGACCUGUUUUAAUGAGUUUUUUGUUUUGUUUUGGAAAGUGCCACGUUUUCCCUUAUGUUUUACUCUGUAUUCACUGUUCUGAGUUGUAGUUGAUUUUUUCUAUCUUCUUCUGUAUAAUUUUUCACAUAUUUUACGAUGCUAAUAUUUUAAAAACUUGUCAACUUAUUUCUGAUGUUAGCCAACAUUUUCAUUUUUUUUAUUCCUUGGUAACCAGGGUUCUGGUGGGGACUGGACGUACAUGUGCAGAAUCAUCAAAACCUUUAGCCUACAGUCUUCUUGCUGAGAUUGUCCAUCAUGUUCGGGGGGACUUAUCUCUAACGCAGGUUUAAAUUUUCCUCAAUUUUUUUUUUCUGGUUCUUGUUCUUGUUGUUUUUCCGGCAUCUUCUUAUUUUGUUGAGAUCUAUUGUCGUUAAUACUCAACAAUUUUGUUGUAAUAAAUGAAAGUGGCUGAACUUUGACUUCUCUGCUGCUGGUUUUUGAAGGCUUGUUCCAUGGGCUUAUUUUUCCGAAACCGGUUUCUAUUUAAUUUUUUAAUUGGAAUGAAUAAGAGUGACUUUUCUUGUAUUCUAGGAACGACUUACAUGUCAUGCUAGUUAUAGGUCUCUGGACAUAGAAAGUGACAAGCAAUUUCAAGUUUAUUUCUUAAGAAAAAUGUGCAGGUUCCAUUUAAAAAAAUAGAAAAAGAAAAAUGCCUUGACUCUGUUGGGGAGGGUUUUCAUUUAGGAUGGAAAGAUACACAUUUUUUUUUCUUCAUAUUCUUCUACUUCUACAAGAAAUUUAUAUGACGUAAAUGUGCUGUUUAUAUCAAAGUUUGAAAGUGGGAAGCGAUACUUUGAGAAAAUGUGAGAAAUGAUAACUCUUAUUUCGUGCCCUUUUUGUUGAUUGUAAGUACUUGCUAUUAGAAAAACAUAUAGUUCUGAACCACAGAAGGAGGUAAUCAAUGGGUUUUCUAUGGAAGCUGAGUAAACAAAAUCUGCUGUUGAUUUCUUUUUUAUGGCCUAAAUUCUGUUAUGAGUUGGAAACCUUUUGUUGGGCAAUUUUUUUAAUAGAAUUAAUAUCUUUGAUUGUGGGGUUUCGUUUAUGUUUAAAAUGUUUUGUUAUAGAAACCACCUUGAAACAUAAUAGAUACUAUUUAGUGUAGUGUAUGUAGAGCUCUGUGGCUGAAACUCAGGUUCCUAUGGUACAUGACUCUUCAAGGACGUCACACUCAUGUGCAUCUAAGAGAAAACAACGCAUCACUACACUAACUAUGCAUCGAGUUAGUUAUUGUUGAUGAGCAAAGAAAGAUCAGAAAUAUCAUUUCCUCCUUAUUUUUCAUUGUAGUUAGUAUUCCAAUUACAGAUGUCAGAAAUACGAAUGUGACAAUGCACACUGCUUCUCAAGGGGAGAAAAACUGCUAUACGAGAGUUAAUUCAAGGAGGGAUGAAGAUUUGUUAAAAAAGGGGGAAAACAACUCUUUUUGAAAGUUGACUUGUAUCGUUGAAUACCCGUUGAUAAGUGAACACAUGGCUUCUUAAGGGGGCCGCAAGGAUGUUAGUCAGUUUCUGGUGGGCUCUGCAGUACCUCCCAGGGGUUUCUCAGCUGGCAUCUCCUGGAUCUGGUGCACAUCAAGUUCUUUUUGGUGUUUGCAGGCGAAAGCUGGCCAGUCAAAUCUCAAACGAAGAUGUUCCAAAUGCGUGAUACUGAGUCAUGACUUGGAGAGCUGCCUGAACAAGACAGUGCUUAUAACACAGGAGAUAAGUAAAAUAUUUAGAUAGAGACCAAGUUUGACGAAUCUUCACGGACGUGGUUUCAAGAUUUUCGGUGCAUUUCCCUCUUGUUGAUAGCUGUUAGGUUUAUGAACAAUGGUGUGUAUAUAAGAUGGCUUGCAUCUCGGAUCUUGUACAAUGGUGUGAAUGGGAGCACUUGGUAGCAAAGAUGUAUUUGGAUCUCUAUUCCAAAUGGGUAAAGGAAGUGCGAGGGGAAUGGAGACGAUCAGGGAUUUGAUCCGCUUGAUAUAUCUCAAAGUGGUUGUUUUUCCUGCUACCCAUCAGGGAGGGAUGCUCUGUAGAUUAUUGAGUUAGGGGUUAUAAUGGUCUCGGGCAUGAUCCAGAUUAGUGGGUGGUCUCCUUGGACAGCCACAUAUCCUGAUCCUGAAUCAUUGGGGACGGGGGCUAAUAUAAUGGUUCAUGCUGAACAAAAUAGAUAUGAUUUGGGAGUAAUUUGAAGGCCUUGAUGCUUUGUUAUAACCAGGAUCGCUCGACGAAGAGAAAAUGGUCAAUGAGAGACGUGAAAGUGCAUUGGAAGGAUACUCUUUCCAAGAAGGAGUACUAUUGGAAAUAAUGUGUAAGAGAGUGUGUGUGUGUGUGUGUGUGUGAGAGAGAGAGAGAGAGAGAGAGAGAGAGAGAGAGAGAGAGCACUCAUACUUUGGUGACUUUUUGAUGCUUUGGGGAGGUAACGAAACAAUCACAUAUCUAUGGAUGAGAGCUACUUACUAAGAGUUUUCUUUCUUUUAUAAUGCGAAAUAGGGGAAUGAUGUUUCAUUAUGUGGGUAGAAUCUGGUCUUCUAGGCACAGGGUUUUUUUUUUUUGGUUUUAAGAGUUUGAUCGUUCUCGUUUUAAUAUGUGCUUCAACGAUCAUGCCGUGUUUUCUAGCUUCCUAACAAGGAAGUUGAACUUCGUCACCAAAUUUUGUACAUACCAGUAGGCCCAAGCACGUACCAUCACGAUUCUUGACAUUGGUACUAAUUUUCCACCGUGUAUUAUUUCUUCUCUUAAUUUUGAAUAUUGUGCUUUUGUUAAAUUAUAUUCUAUGUUUGCUGAUGUUUAUCUGCCUAGGUUUUUUACAUCAAGCUAGAUUAAAAGACAGUUACAAAACCAGAAAGCAUUGAUUAGUGUGCUUUCACAAUUUUUGUUUUAUGUACCCUAAUAUUUUCAUCUGCUUAGCUCUCUAACAUCCAGCUGGUCCUUAAUCGUUUUGAUAAUUGCUGGAGCACUUUCUUUCUCUCUUGUUUUCCUGACGGAAUUCGGGUCACAUUGCAGCUGUCACGAGUGGUUUACUUGUUUUCAAGGAGUUUGCAUGAUUCAUCCUUGAACCUUUCUAUCCGUACCACAUGUGCUCGACUGCUGUUGAAUUUGGUGCGUUUUUGAGAGGAACAAAAUAUUGGCAAUUGCUUAUUUCAGAAUUACAAAUAUAUAAUGAUGAUUUUUUCUAUAUUGUUUAAGGUGGAGCCAAUCUACGAGAAAGGUGUUGACCAGCCAACUAUGGAUGAAGCUCGGAUCUUACUGGUUUGGUCCUAGGGUUUCCCUAAUAUGCCUAGUGGACCUUUAAUGGCUGGAUUUACUCGUUAAAGUAUUCAUUGUUUUCUGUGGAAUAACUGCUUACGCUAAAGUGUGUUGAAAACACAUUUUGGUAGAGCGCCGAUUUGAAAUGUUUUAAUGCAGACAAAUCUUUGGCAAUUGCUUUAUAUUUUCGAGGAAUGCUCUUGAUUUCUUAACAGCUAGUUGAUCCUGGGAUAUUGCUAUUAUUUACGCAUAAAUUAAUGAGGGGGUUAUAUUUUUUGAAUCAGUAGAUGCUGAAGUUCUUUCAUUUCUUUUUCAUCUUUUAUUUGUCAGGGAAGGAUUUUGGAUGCUUUUGUUGGGAAGUUUCACUCCCUCAAGCGUAAUAUUCCCCGGGUAUUACACUGUGAUCCUCAUUUAUCUAUUAUACUGCCGAAUUUUGUUAGUAGUUCUUUGACUUGUUUGUAACCGUAUUACUGACCAUGGAAUCAAUUAAUAAUUUCAUUUUCCUCAAACUUAGGGUAAAAAAGACUACAUAAGUUUACUAUAAGCGAACAUGAUGUUCUUUAAUUGCUACUGCUCAAACUCCAUCUCACCUCUAUCUAGUGAGGGAAUAUGGCUGAAACUUUUGGUUCCUUCUCUCCAUACUCCUGGACUUUUCUUCCUGUCAGCCUUCUUCUCAGUAUCCCUCCCUAUCAUUUUUUUUCCGUAGAAGGACACAUUAAAUUAUAUAUUUUUCUUUUUCUUGUGCUAUUCUGCAGUAUAAUUGGUUUAGCUGCACUAUUUCUUCUAUGAUCAGACAACAGCUAUUUUUUUAUCCAGAAUAUUUUUAGUUUUACCUUUCUGUAGUCCAGCCAGAGUAUUCUUUUUUUAUGCUCUGACAAUUGUGCUCCAGAAAUAUGAUUGAUAUAUUGGAUUAACACCCUGAUUUUUUUCACCUGCUAACUUUCUGACAUCUUGGCGAGCUUUUGUGACCUAGUUACAGCAUUCAUAGCUUAACGGUUACACAGGCUUUCCCUCUCCAGAGUAUUCUGGAGGUUGUUUUUUUAAUUUUGAUUUUUUGAGAAGGUAGUGUUCGAUGUCCUCCCUUUGAAUUCUGAUCUUUCUAUUAUGUUCCAGUAGAAUCUGAGUUCUGUGAUGUAGGAAUUAGGUCUAUUUCGUUUUACUCAUUUCUUUAAUGCAGCAAUAUGUUGGCUAUUUAUUAUCUGGUUUUAUCUAAAUCAGAAAUCCUGGGUAAUGUAUAUAGCUUUACGAAUACGAAGAAGAGACCGAAUACAUGUAAACGGGCACCCUGAAUCUUUGCCUCUAUGUUGGAUAGUAUAUCUUUACAGUGUUACAAAAGCUGUAGGUUGUUUGAGACAUUUCCUUUUCCUUUUGUAUUUAUAUUUCUAUAGCCAUUCAUUUUUGAGUCUUGUGUAUGAAUCAGUUGCUGGAAGGUGCUGAACCGGCUAGGGAUCAGUCCACAACCCCGAAGGCAACAGUUGAGAUGCCAAUUCAGGUUCGUUUUCUUAAAUCUAUUUGCUGAUGCUACCUUUUAUUCCGUGCUUUAGUGACUUCUUUUUUCAUCAGUCCUUUAUGUCUUGUACUGCAUGUUGAGAUGUUACAUCUACUCGUACAGUUAUCCCAUAGAAGUUUGUUCCAAAUAUUUUGGAUUUUGUUAUUGUACUCUGCAAAUUGUCAGGAACGUGUUAUGUGAUUCUGUCAUUGGGGAUGAAUGCCAUUUGGACGGGAAGAUUUGUUGGUAGUUCGAUGAACCUUCGUACUUAAUAUCGUUCUUGUGGCCCGUUUUUAGUAACCCAAAAAUAUGGUAACAGAAGAUCCGAGUAUCAAGUAUGGAUAUAAAUGUUGAACUCUGUGGUAUGUAAUCUCAGAUCUGAAAAGAUAUUCUGAGCUUAUUUAGGACGACUGAUUGAAGUUAUUGACUAAAAUUAUUGUCGGAGAUGAUGAUAGUCUGAACAAUUUUUCAUUGAGCUUGUUUUUUUGACUAUAUAAAUCCAGGUAUUCGUCAAGUGUUAAAAUGAAACAAUGAUAUAUAUAUGUAUGUCCAAUGUUGUCUGAAAAGCCUCUAGACAGCACCUUCAAAGUCUAUUUCAAAACUCUGUGCUGAGCAAACAUCUAGACCGUGGUAUAUUAUCUGUCCUCAUUUCAAAAGGUCAUUGCCUGCUCUCUCGUGUUUGACAAGAGUAAUAACCACCCUCUAUGCAGAGCUAUUGUUUUGUUAGAACAUCAAGCUUCUCUUCUCGUGCCAGAUGGCUAAAAAACUCUAUCUGAUGCGAACCAUAAGACUUUACAAUCACCUUUGAAAAUCCUCUGUUGCUGCCAGCAUGCCCACUAGUCUUGUACAACUAGGAGAUUUCAUACAUCGCCUAUUUUUUAUAAUACCAUCUGCUAUAUCUCCAAUGUAAAUGAGAAUGCCAAGAAAUAAGUAAUAUUUUGUCACCUUCUCCCCACAUGAGCGCCUAAAUCGGGAUAUACAGUGGUACUAACAUGCUGUCUCUUUGUCCCUUGAGGAAUAAUCAUUAGCAGCUAUCCUUCAUUAGUUCCUUGGGGCAUCAUUGUUUUCAUUUUCUAAUUAUCCCUUCUACUAUGGCCUAUUACGGAAAAAAAUCAUCAACUCUAAUUCUGGGCAUUCACCAGGGCAAUCCUCAGGUUAUAUACCUGACUUCACCUGCACCCUUACUGUCGAAAUAACUUUAGACGAAAUAAAGAGCAUGUGGGAUUUGUUGCUGAUCGAUGAUGAAGGGAACUCGUUUGCUUGAAACUUUUACACGUUUGAUUAGUCGCUACACUUUAGGUUGGCUGUACGUUUUUGUUGUUUCCUGCCCCGAGAUUAUGGUUCACAGCUCUUUGGUUUCCAUGUCAAUGUGAUAGUAUUAGUGUCUGUAUGGUUCUUAUUCUUUCUGGUUUGAUAUAGUAUAAGGCACGGAUGACAUUAAAAAACGAAUUUUAGCAAGAAAACCAUAUACUUCUUGUUUCUGCAAUUAUUCAUUUUUGUACGUCCGUUAUUUGCUGAACUGUGGUAUUCAACUUUCUUGCAGACAAUUGUGAGCCAAUCGUCCCCUUCAGAAUAUGCCAAGGAAGUCAGUGACUGCAAACAUCUCAUUAGAACUUUAGUCAUGGGUAAGGAACAACGUCCACUUUGUGAAAUAGUACUGGUGGAUCCAAUCUUUCCAUCUAUAUGGACGUGUGUGUACACCAAUCUGCCACUGUCUUUCUCUGAAAUACGAUCCUUCUCAUGAUUACCGAUUUGCCAUAGAUGGGUCAUAUACUUGCCAAGAACGUAAGUUUGACGGUCCAAUGUAAUUACACAGGCUACGGUUCUAAAUUUUUGUUUUUCGUUGCCAUUUAUGUUCAGUUUAUUUAUCUGAAGGAGAACUUUUUUUUGGAUGACGUGUGACGGUUCUAGGUUGGAGGUUAGGUGUGGGUCAGGGAAAUUAUAGACACUUUUCCAUACUUUUUCUCUGGAGUUCUUCAGUUAAUUUCCUCUGCAGUCUUAGGUUUUGUCAGCCGCAGCAAAAAAGGAAUAUCCACACGAUAGCAAAACCCUCUGAUAUCAUUGGAUAAUGAAAAAUCUUUUUGCCUCAGAGGAAUCUAUUUUGGUUAGAAUCAUUAACAGAAUGGAUCAAACUAUUCUGUUGAUAUAUUCGAGUAAUUGAACGUUUCACAAGUAAUGAGCUAGAUUUAUUGUCAAAACCUGAAAUUUCCGAGGAUUCAUUAAAAGUUUAUGCAUUUACAUUUAAAACAUGACCAUGAGCAGGUGCAUAAGUAUACGCUUGGAAGAGAAGUGGAUAGAAGACAUGUUGUUGUUUAAAUCCUCCUUUUUUUAAAUAUCCUUUGAUUUCUUCCAUUAAAAAUAUCCAUAAUUUCUUACUAUCCUUGCAAAGAAAUUUGCAGCAUGGACGCACUAUUAGCAUGGUGUGACAUCAAACGAAACAGCUGUUAUGUGUAUUUUCCCAAGGACUAUUAGGGGGUUGUUUAACGAGUUCAUUGAUCUCUUACCGUGCGCUUCAUCUUAUUUAAUUAGUCUGCCAAUGUACUGAUCUCAUUCUUGAGUCUUUCUGCCUUUUAUAACAUGCACUGUUUGCCUUUUUUUUUUUACCGUGAGAAAGAAAAGCCAAUUUUGUUAUCUUUCAACGAUCUUCAAGAAUCUUUCAAUGCAUUGUCGUCGAUUUUUCACUGCUCCUGUGGGUUUUUCUCUCAUAUACAAUAGUCAUUUGAGACCUUUCAGUUUGUACUCUAUUCUCUGCAGAAGAUUCAACGACUGUUUUCGGUAUGGAAGCCAUUGCUGUGAUGCCUAAUGCUCUCUUCUCAUCAACAAAGAAUUUCUGGUUUAUUAUAGAGCCCAGGUGGGCCCGAGAGGGCUGUGUGUUUUGUUUUUAAUUUUUUCCGAAUCCUUGUCAUGCUGUUUUACCUAGCAUCUUACAGGGAAUUGAGUUGGAUGGAGGGUAGUCAAAGAUUGUACGCCGAAACGGGGGUUUAUAAUUGGCUUUUCUCUCGAGAUACAAUGUGAUUCCUUAGUUUCGAAUAGUUGAAUUUUCCCUCCACCUUCAUAACAAAGAAAAAAAAAAGGUCAAUUUAACGGUCUCAUUUAUGUUGCAUUUCAUCUUUCCAAUGUCUAAACCAGCUGGCUUACCUGUUCAACCCUCCUACCAUGAGCUGCUUUUCAAGAUUACUUGUUAAUAUAAUCGGCAUCAAUUUCUGUUGACCAGCUGACUGUGUGAAUUUAGUGGAUGACCUUCUAUGUUCACUCUCUUUAUCAGUUCCAUUCAAUCUCCAUUCGUUCACAUACUCCCACUCUCCAACGUCUCCAAGAGUUGUCCCAGAUACUUAAACUGUCUACUGAGAGGUGCUCCUCGAGGAUUGGUGUCCGCAUGGUCAACAAUGAAGCACCCUGAACAUAGUCUCUAAAUGGACCUGCAUCUUGCUGAUGUAGAACCUGCAAAAGAUGAGUCUCGUAUGUAGAUCCCUUCACCAGGCGUUAUGCCAUUUUAUCUUCAUAUAUAGAUCUCUAAAUUGACCUGCGUUAUAUACCUCCCUGCAUAUGCAUGAUAAUUCUUGUAUGCGGAACAUUUUCAUAGCAGCAAAAGUUCUUUAAACUUUCCCACUAUAAUGGUACUUCUUAUCCAUCGCUUAAACCCUUGAACAGUCUUUGAAUUGAUUUAGGAUUCAGAGCCUCAUAGCAGAUCCAGGUCAUCAGGGAUUUCCUACACUGAGUUUGCCAUUUCUUCUCUUUGUAAAUAAGUCAGGUCCCUGAGUAAUCUCCGAUUCUCAUGCUCUCUUUCUUUAAGAUCUGUUUUUCUUUUUGAAAAAGUCAUGUAUCAUUUUUUUCUUGUUAUAACUUAUAAUGGACUAAUCUUUGAUGCAUAGGAGAUUUCAUUUUAUGUAUAUCUUCUGCAGGAAUGAAGACGAUAGUUUGGAGCAUUACUAAUGCACAUAUUCCACGAUCUCAGGUCCCCUUUUCCACCUCGCCUCCUUCUCCAAACGUUUGGUUUUCUUACUGGUGUCAUGUCAUGACAAUCUUUCUUCAUUACAGAUUUCGUCAACCUCACAGGGGAUGCAUUCACAGGUGCCGGCCUCUCCCUCCAAUUCUGCGUUUCCUCAAAUGUUCAAAGGAAUGAGAGACGAUGAGGUACUUCUAGCUUAAUGUAGAUAAUUAUCCUAACUCUCAUGCUAGUUCCAUUCUGAAUACAUUAAUGAGAGCACUUGGCAGGUUAGGAAAGCCUCUGGCGUUCUAAAGAACGGUGUUCAUUGCUUAGCUGUGUUCAGAGAAAAAGAUGAAGAGAGGGAAAUGGUGCACCAUUUUUCACAGAUAUUAACUAUAAUGGGGCCUCGUGAUCUUAUGGACAUGUUUUCACUCUGUAUGCCACACCUUUUUGAGUGCAUGUGUAGCAGUACUCAAUUGCUUCACAUAUUUUCUACCCUCCUGCAAGUGCCCAAGGUUCUAAGGCCCUUCACAGAUGUUCUGGUUAAUUUUCUUGUCAGUAGCAAACUUGAUAUUUUGAAGCAACCAGAUACACCUGCUGCGAAACUGGUUUUACAGUUAUUUCGUUUUGUAUUCAUUGCGGUUGGUAAAGCUUCUGCAGAAUGUGAACGUAUCCUUCAGCCUCAUGUUGCUGUUAUCAUGGAAGUGUGCAUGAAGAACGCCAUGGAAGUUGACAAUCCACUGGGAUAUAUGCAGCUCCUUCGAAACAUGUUCCGAGCACUAACUGGAGGGAAGUUUGACAGUCUACUACGAGAUCUAGUACCGUUACUGCAACCUUGUCUGAAUACGCUGUUAGCUAUGCUUGAAGGACCUAGUGGUGAGGAUAUGAGAGACCUUGUUCUAGAACUCUGCUUAACAUUACCUGCCCGAUUAAGUUCAUUGCUUCCUCAUCUUCCUCGUCUUCAUAGGCCUCUAGUUUAUGCUUUGAAAGGAAAUGAUGAUCUUGUAAGUUUGGGUCUAAGAACACUUGAAUAUUGGAUUGAUAGCCUGAAUCCUGAUUUUUUGGAGCCUAAUAUGGCAAAUGUCAUGUCAGAGGUUAUUCUAGCUUUAUGGUCACACCUGAGGCCUCCUCCAUACCCUUGGGGUGCAAAAGCCCUGCAGUUGCUUGGAAAAUUGGGGGGCCGAAACCGACGCUUCUUGAAAGAGCCGCUUUCUCUAGAGUGCAAGGAGAACCCUGAGCAUGGGCUACGUUUAAUUCUUACUUUUGAGCCAUCAACGCCGUUCUUGGUCCCACUAGAUCGUUGCAUACACCUGGCUGUGGCGGCAGUUUUGCAAAACAAUGGUAGCAUUGAGGCAUUCUACAGGAAACAGGCACUGAGAUUUGUUAGGGUAUGCCUGGCAUCUCUUUUGAAUUUAUCGGGAAAUAUUUCAAGCGAGGGAGUGAAUCCAAGUCAUCUAGGAUCACUGUUGUUAUCUACAGUAGAUCCUUCUCGGCGUCGGACAGAAAUAUCUGCUGCAAAGGUUAGUUGUGGAUUUUGGUGUGCCUCAUAUUUUGCUUAUAAUCUAGAUGAGGAUUGAAAUGCCGUGUAAUUGUAUUUUGCAGUUGCGCAUGCUAGAAUUUGAAGGAUUCGCUCCUUGCUCUUGAUACUCCUGUUCCUUUUAAUUAUUUCUUGUCAUGGGUUGUUUCUUACACAAGCGUAAAAUUAUCAAAAAAGAUAAACCUUCCUUUUAUGAAAGCUUGUUGGUCAGCAAUUAUUGUCCAUAAGUUCAUCCAGAAUCUAUUUCAAUUUGUUGACCGUCAUGUAUGUGAUUGUCUUGUAGGAUCCAUCAAGUAGUCUGAUACAUGUGCCUUCUGAAUCUUUUUUUAGCCCUUUUUCGGGACGAGACUUUAGGUGUUUGAUAGACAGCCGGAAUUCUUUGAUGGCAACUGUGAGAUCACUCUUAAUGAUGUUCCAAUAAAGUUGUCAGAAUCCUAUCGGGGAGGAAUCUAGACCUGGAAAUUUGAGAGCAUCCAGUAAGAAAUGCUAUUCUGACCCAUGGUUCUUGGAAGGGGUUUUAUUACUCAUCAACUUUGGUUUUUUUUUUUGGUGUUCCAAUCACUCCUUCCUGCUGGUAAAAAGUGUCCUUAUAUUUGAUGUGGUCAACUUUUGGAGUUCGUUUCUUACUGAUAACUAGGGUAUGAAAGUCUUGCUUUCCUCUUUGAAAUAUAAGUAUUUGGAUGUAUCCAUUUCACUUCUAUGGAAGUUCACUCCCUGUGUUGGCUUUCCAUUUUUCUAUUACAUGUUGGCCAGUUGGUUUCCAUCAUUUGCCUCCAAAUUAGUAUUUUGGCCAGUUGCUGAGAAGGUUAAAUGUCUUAUUGACUACUGGUGCCUCUACUUACCAUGUACCGAGCAAGUCCUCGAAUCCCUCUCCAUAAAUAUACUUUGGACUUCAAUCUAUUGUUCUGGAUCCCUUUGGCACUGCUGUCAAUAUGACACCUACUAGGCCUUGGUGUCCUGUGAUUAACUAGGGAUUACAGGAAUAAAAUAUGUUUUGGUACCAAAGCGAGUAUGGUUAAAAGUUGCUUGGAUUGGUCCCUUUAGUGUCUUGGCUAGCUUGUCUGUCAUCUUUGAUAUCUUUUUGGCUAAUUAUUUUAUGAAAAUAAGUAUUUAGAAUCAUGAUUUUUUACAUUUCUAAAACAUAUUCAGUCAUCAAAAGUUUCAUUCGAGAGAUAAUAUCAUUUUUCACUUGAUAUUGUUCUGAGAAAUAAAUUCUUAAGCGACGAUACCAGGACACUUUCAUGAACGCAUAAAAAAAUGUCUCUCAUAGUAGAUUGGUCAUUCAACAAUGGUCUUAAGUAGUUUCUGAGAUGUAGCUUGUCAAUAAGUGUUUGACAGUGCUGUACAGACAUAAAUAUUUUGGUUUUCACUUUCUAUGUGCUGUUCACGAAAAUCAUUAAAUCUUAGGUUUAGCAAAUCAUAGUUUUCCUUAGUGAUUAUGGCUUCUUGAUCCGGCAGUAAGGUAGUAGGUAACCACAUAGAUCACCAUAGUGUUGCCUUAGCAGCCACAAUCUUUACUCCCUAUCAGUUGAGAACAGAAGUUUAUCCUCGUUAGAUAAGAUGCAUAUUGAUGAAAGAUUGUCUAUGUCAAUUUUCCAUUUACUAGAUUUAGGUCAGAGGUCCACAUUCUGAUCGAGCAUGUCAUUUCAGCAUUCCGAUGAUAUUUUUUCGAUCUUUCCCAUGAAUAUCUCUUCAAAGAAAUUCUAUUUUCGCCUGGUCCAUACUAUUUAAAUCUUAAAUCUUAUUCCAUUUCUUAUUUUUCCUAAAUUUAAUUGUAGCACAAAAAUGUUUCCUCGCUGUAAGUUUUCUGAAAUAGUUUUUCAUUCUGCAUUAUCAUUUGUCUUUCUUUAUGGCCUUAUGAUAGCAUAUUGGUUCAUUUAGUUAUUUCUUUUCUCCUGUUUAUUUUAGGAUAAUUUUUAUUUGCCGCCUCCAUUGGGAUUCUUGCAUGCAUUGGUGUCAAAUUUAUUACUCAUCUUUGUUUAUCCUUACGUUCUGGCCUCUAAAUCGAAGGAUAUAAGGAAAUUUCAUAGUUGAUUCGCGACCUCUCUCUGCAAUUGUGUAUAUGUAAAUGUGGAAACAGACGAAUUGUCAACUCAUCUCUAAUUGUCAAACUAGUUAGAGACUAUGUGGCUAUUGAACUCUAUACUUUAACAGGCUCAUUAGCAGUCCUUUUGUAGUCCUCCGUUUGCUAUAGCUUGCUAUCUAAGGAAUAAACGACUGCUACUUAACAAAUAGUAGUCAUAAAUAAUCUUGUCCACAACAAUCUUGUGAAAAGUUGUAGGCAUGCAUGCAAACAUUUUACGGGUUUUGGGUUGAGGCAUCAAGUGAAUAACUCUUUUGUACACUGCAAACUUGCUCACACAACAAGGGUCUGACAGUCCUUUGGUAGAGCUGUGGCAGGAGGUCGGGAGGGGGAAGCGAAAUGUAAUGUGCCAAUCUGCAUCACUAUUGCAAUUGUGAUUACUAUAAUGUGCAACUAAUAAGGUCGAUCAAGUAACAAUAAUGUUCGAAAAUCCUAGACUGGGAGUCUGUUAAUAGAGGAAGAAGAAAUUCUUGGAGUGGAAGCCUGAGUAGGAGACACCAGACUUGUGGAGCAGAAGGCAUUAGGAAAGGUGAUGGCGAAGGAGGAGACUUAGUGGUUGUGUGGCUUCACACAACUGGGAAGAAUGAAGCUGAAGCUGUACGAGGUGGAGUCACCGACAAAAACAGUGUAGGAAAGGGUGGGUAUAGUCGAUCUGGCGGAUUAAAGGUCAGCUGGCGCCAUUGCCUUUCUCUCACUCACAGUUUGUGAAGCUUAUGGCCGACGACGAUGGCUGCUUCACAGGCUUCUAAAACCGUGAGAUAUGAUACCAUGCCGAAUGUCAUAUAUAUUUAUGUGGAUUUGGUAUCCUAUCUGAUUCACUGACAGUUUUUCAUCCAAACAUAUCCACAAUUAUGUUGUUUUAGUGAAUCUUAAUUUCCUUGCCAAAUAUAUUGGUGACUUGGAAUGCAAGUUAUGAAUUGUUUUUGAAGUUUACCUACUUUUAUCAUUGAAUUGCGUACACAUGAGUAGAUGAAUGUCCAUUAUUUAUCCGUUUGUUCUCUGUAGAAUCUCCUUCAUGUUUUACAAUGAACGUUCAAUGGAUUCUUUCUCUGCGAUAUUAUGUAUUUCUAUGUACAAAUCGUUGCCUCCUAAAUAUGUUUAUUCGACAGCUUGACUUGGGAGUGAAGACAAAGACUCAGCUCAUGGCUGAGAAAUCCGUCUUCAAGAUUCUUUUGAUGACUUCUAUAUCUGCUAGCGCAGAAAUAGACCUCACCAUCCCAAAUGACGAUUUUGUUGAAAAUGUCUGUCAUCAUUUUGCAAUGAUGUUCCAUGUUGAUAGUACUUCAGCUAAUGCUUCAGUGGCAAAUGCACAGCAAGUUGGUUCAACGUUUGGAUCCAACAACAACCCAAAUUCUAGGUCACGAGGUAGUGUAUGCUCUAGUCUUAAGGAGCUAGAUCCUUCGAUAUUUUUGGAUGCUCUGGUAGAAGUCCUUGCAGGUGAAAAUCGACUUCAUGCCAAGGCUGCUCUUCAUGCGCUGAAUAUGUUUGUGGAAACACUUCUUCUUCUUGUGCGUUCCAAGCAUACAAGUGUACAAAACCCUAGAGGACUUUCUAGUACUCCCAUGACAGUCUCUAGUCCGACUUUGAAUACUGUUUACACGCCAGCUUCAGGCAUCCGGAUCCCUGUGUUUGAACAGUUACUACCUCGUCUGUUGCAUUGCUGUUAUGGUUGCACGUGGCAAGCUCAAAUCGGUGGUGUCAUGGGACUUGGGGCACUGGUUAGUAAGGUUCCUGUCGACACUGUCUGUGUAUUUCAGGUGAGGAUUGUCAGAGGUCUUGUGUAUGUUCUUAAAAGACUUCCUGCCCAUGCAAAUAAGGAACAGGAUGAGACCAGUCAGGUUCUUACUCAAGUUCUCCGGGUAGUAAAUACUGCUCAAGAGGCAAUCAAUGAAUCCCGAAGGCAAAGCUUUCAAGGGGUUGUUGAAUUUCUUGCUUCUGAACUAUUUAAUCCUAAUGCAUCCAUUAUUGUGAGGAAGAAUGUCCAGUCUUGCUUGACCUUUCUGGCUAAUAGGACUGGCAGUGAAGUGUCUGAGCUGCUUGAGCCUCAUUAUCAGCCUUUUCUUCAGCCUCUCAUAAUGCGACCUUUACGAUUGAAAAACAUUGAGCAACAGGUAGAUUUCGUUUGAGAUUUAUGCACUCAUAGAAUUCUAUUUGAAUUAUGUUUAUUUUAUCAAACAGUAAUUAGAGGCUUUCCUAAUUUUCUUGUGUCAGGUUGGUACUGUUGCUGCUAUGAACAUCUUUCUGUCCUUGCGACCUCCUCUGCUUAAGAUGACUCAGGAGGUAGUGAGUUUUUUGCAAGACGCUCUGCAAAUAGCAGACGCAGAUGAGACUGUGUGGGUUGUGAAAUUCAUAAACCCGAAGGUCGUGUCAACAUUAAACAAACUUCGGACAGCGUGCAUUCAACUUCUCUGCACGGCAAUGAUCUGGGCGGACUUCAGAGCACCAAAUCAUGCUGAUCUUCGUGCAAGGGUCAUUUCUAUGUUUUUUAAGUCAUUGACUUGUCGUACACCGGAAAUUGUUGCUGCUGCAAAGGAAGGACUUCGACUGGUGACUAGUUCUCUCAUUAAACAUGGUUUACAUGGAAUGACUUUUAAAUGACAAUCCAUUCGUUCUUCUUUUGAGGGAGGCAUGCUUAUACAUAUAUCAUGUAGUAUAUCAUGUACCUUUUUUUCUUUCUGUUUUUUUUGGGGAAGGGGGUGGGGGAGGGGGAGGGUGGGAAUGAUGGGAAAUAACCUUAUUCAGUGAAGAGAGAUUAUUCCAAACGUAGACAUGAGGUAACGCUACAUUUUGGGUGCGAUAGUUGGGAUUUUUUAUAACCUUCCCAAGUGGGGAGUAAUUUAUUGCCAUUUACGUCAGAGAGGCUGCCUAUCCAUUAAAGUGGGUAAGAUGAAUAUGGUGUGGUUCUUAUUCACAUAAUAUGCCAUUCCCCACCCUCUCACCGAUACUGUAGUUGCUAAAUGCUUCACAACUUUAGAUAAUUUUUCAUUUGUCAAUUUUAUACUUUAAAUCCUAUUCAUAUCUUUUUCAGAAAUUUUCAGUUUGGUUGCAUAUUAUGAUGAAAUUGUUUCACAGGUUAUUCAGCAACAAAGGAUGCCAAAAGAGCUGUUACAAAACAGUCUUAGGCCUAUUUUAGUUAAUCUAGCCCACACGAAGAGCCUUACAAUGCCACUUUUGCAAGGUUUAGCACGUCUACUUGAACUUCUAUCCAACUGGUUCAAUGUAACCCUUGGUGUAAAGUUGCUGGAUCACUUGAAGAAAUGGCUAGAACCUGAAAAAUUGGCACAGAGUCAGAAGUCAUGGAAGGCUGGUGAUGAGCCAAAAGUUGCAGCAGGUAAUGAAUUAUUUUAUGGUUUUUCCGGUAUUCCUUCAAAUUCAGAAGGUUACAAGAUAUCCUCUUUUCAUGCAGCGAUGAUAGAGCUUUUUCACCUGCUCCCGCCAGCAGCUGGGAAGUUUCUUGAUGAUCUUGUCACCAUGACAAUUGAUCUUGAAGGGGCUCUUCCUCCAGGACAACUUUACAGUGAAAUUAAUAGCCCUUAUUCCCUUCCACUUACAAAGUUUUUAAAUAGAUAUGCGACAGAAGCUGUUGACUACUUUCUUAGUCGAUUGAAUCAACCGAAAUAUUUCAGACGGUAUGUAUUUUUCAUGUGAAAACUAGUAAUACAUGGAUAUGUUACCUUUUUCCUUCAUUACAUUUUCUAAUCCUAUCAGCUAGUUGACUUUGUUUCAGAUUCAUUGAUAUAAUACGUUCUGAUGCCGGUGAGCCCUUAAGAGAGGAGCUUGCAAGGUCACCAAGAAAGAUACUAGAGAAGGCGUUUCCGGAAUUCGCGCAAAUGGUUGAUGGAUCUAUGGUUCAUAGUGGUUCUGCAUUGCAAAAUGAAGCUCAUCCUACAAUCACUGAAAAUUUUGAGGGUCAGCAACCAAACCUGGGUUCCGGUUCAGAUGCAUAUUUUCACGGACUCAGCCUUAUCUGCACGUUGGUUAAGUUGAUGCCUGAGUGGUUGCAUAAUAAUCGGGUAGUCUUUGAUGCUCUCGUACUUAUUUGGAAGUCACCUGGAAGAAUAGCUCGCUUACAAAAUGAGCAAGAACUGAACUUAGUGCAAGUGAGUGUAUAACAUCUCUUACAACGUUUGUCUUUAGAAUUCAUUUGGUUUGACAUCCCAUAAUUGACAUACUUGGAUAUACAUUCGGGUUAAGUAUAUAUGUUUUUGAGUCUUUUUAGUGAACAAUAGUUUGUUAAAUGUCAUCCUGUCAGAAAAAUAUCAAGCAUGCUUAGAUUUUACAUUAAUACAGGGUCAUUUGUAAGGUACAAAAUUUCGUAGUAUAGAGGAUUCUGCUUCCCUCUGAUAGACCUUCAGCCACUGGUAAUCCUUUGCCAUUUCGCUAGACAUUGAUGUGUAACAAGGUCAGUGAAAGUGGCGCACAUCCGACCCACUGGCCAUCAUUGGUAUGUGGACCACUGGCAUCGCUUAGUCGGUCCCACAUCAAUAGCGUCCACUGUUGCUGAGGUCCUUCCACUAACUCUUAGAGGAUUCUUAGAGAGCCUUUAUAUAUCUUGAAUCCAGGGUAGGUACCUACUGAGAUCUUUAAUUUUAAAGGCCACCUUUGGGAAAACAUCUUGCCCACCGGUUAGUGGAAGGACCUCAGCAAGGGUGGACGCUACUGAUGUGAGACCAACUAAGGCAUGCCAGUGGUCCACGUGCCAACAAUGACCAGUGGGUCGGAUUUGCACCACUCAUUCAGUCAUUCUACCCCUUCUUCAUUCUUGGACCUCGCUUCUUAAUAUUUUGACUCGCUGACCUAGUUACACAUUAGUAUCUAACAAGAUGCCAUAGGAUUACCAGUGGCUGAAGAAGGCCAUCAGAGGGAAACAGAAUCCUCCAUACUACGAAAUUUUGUACCUUUCAAAUGACCCUGUAUUAAUGUAAAAUACUAAUCAUGCUUGAUAUUUUUCUGAGAAUCUUGAAAUUUGUGAUACCAAAUAAAUCUGAACAUAUUACAUGUUUGGAGUUCUAAUGUGAAGCAAGAUGAGCAUCUGUAAAUGGUGUCAAAAUUAGGGAGGACAUACUUUCUGGGUUCAUUGAAUUAUAAGAAACAUUCUUCAUGAUUAGACUGAUUGAAAAUCUCACCAUAGGUAUGUCAGGUCAACGUGCCCCAGUGAAACUUAUCCAGAUAGUCAGUGCCAAUCAAAUUCCUUGAAAACCUCUAGAUUGUCCAUUCCUCUAAAAAAUCACAUAUGUACCUCGAACACUACUUUGGAUCCACCACCUUAAGCACCUUCUUGCUUUUUUACCUUGUUCAUUGAAAAUAAUGUUUGCUUCUCGUGAACAACAGUUGGAUAUACAUGUCUGGUUUAAUCUUCAUCCCGUUGUAUUGAAAGGGAUCUUCACGUGAUUCAAUUUUUUUUGGGUUGACAAUUCAGCAGAUUUUGGUCACCCCUUCUAUCUUCAACUAUGUAUCGCAUAUCAUGCUCUCCUUCACCUCCAACCCAGUAUAUGGAUUGCAUAUUUAGGUUGUAGAGCUGAUGGUUCGUGAAAAGGUUAUUAUAAAGAAACAUAGAAAACAGGCAGUGGUAAUCAAAUAAGAUCCAACUGUUUCUUAGUAGGUUAAUGGUCACUUGCUAUGUUAAAUAAACAUAUAUGUUCGAUGUUCCAAGGUAACUUAAACAUAAAAUCUAAGUGCACGGUACUUAUUGUAAUAUCAUUUUUUUGUUCUUCCGUGAAUCUAGUCUUAUCUUCUUUAAUUGGAAGGGGCUCAUGUCUAACAAAGCUGUCUUUUUUAUUUGAUAAUGCAUUGCAGGUGAAGGAAAGCAAAUGGCUUGUGAAAUGCUUUCUUAAUUACUUACGACAUGACAAGUCUGAAGUUGGCGUCCUUUUUGAUAUGCUGUCGAUUUUUCUCUUCCGCACAUGUAUAGAUUAUGAUUUCUUGAAAAGAUUUUACAUCAUGGAGGUAUGUUAUUUUGCGAGUUUUUUUUCUUCGUAUGAUGAAAUGUCAUCAAUGGUUGCCCAUUUUUGUCAUUAAAUUUCCCCAUAUGAGUGUUUAUGUUCCUAUUCGGAAUCCCAUUCGGAAAUGCAAAAUUUAGUGGGUAAUCAAUGCAAAAGGGAUUCGGGGUAUUAUCAUGUGAGUGAUUAACCUCAUCUGCUCACACCUGUUGAUCUGUUACUCUAAAGUCAUUGUCAAUAUACACAUUUUCGACUUGGUCUAUCCUACACUGGUUCAUUUCCUCUUCACCAUUUUCCAAACAAUCAUUGAAGAUCACACUCUUUUUUCCUUAAAACUUGUGAGAAGGAUAUUGAAGAUAAGUCUCCAUCCUAUUAAAGCUGAUUAAUUAGUGUCCAGAAAGUCUUCAGCACGCCUUUCCAUCUGCUGACUAUUAUUUUCAUUGUUAUUUUCCUUUCCAUUCAACAGGGAGAUAGGCCAGUUUCAUGAGUCUUUUCAGCACCCUCUUUCUUUGGAAUGAACACAAGCUGUCGAUCAAGUGUCAAAUGGAGAAAUUUCUAAGAUCACGUAAUGCUGCCUUAAAAUCCAUUUUGAUAAUGUCCCAAAUACAGUUAAAUGGGAAUUGUUCGAAAACCAUCCAGAUGUGUAGACUUUAAAGAAAUCAUAAGGCUGAUUCUUUCACUUCUGUACUUGGGAAUUUUUGUGAAAUUCCCUUUUCUAGCUCGUCCCCAAAUAUUGUCUCCCCCAAGCACAUGCCUGAAAAAUACGGUAAAAACUGCAUGUUUUCUUAGACCCAGCCAUAGUGUGAAGAACGUGAUGUUCAUUUGUCUCCUCUUCAGGCAUGACUCUUUAUUUAAAUAUUUGAACUUUUGAAUACGAGUUACAAUUUUUUUAUACCAUUUUUAUAAAUGAGCCAUUUAUUCUUUGAGAAAUUUAUUUCGUCUGGGAUUAUUUUUCCCCCCUUCGGCCUUACCAUAUUUGUCGUUUCCAACCUUUUCUCUUUUCUACCUGCUUCCUCAUGUCUCUUUUCAUGAUUAAGUCGCAGAACAAACCUUGAAAGAUAACAGAAGUGAAGCCUUGAAAAGGAGGGUGAGUAAUGGUCAAAGAAAGCCUCUGUUUUUCCCCUUUGCAGACGAGUUUAUAGUGGAUCAGUUGUGAGAGUGUCUGUCAUCUUUUUGCAAAAUGGCACAUUUUGAUGACUUAUUUUAUGAUUUGUCUUGAAUGAUGCCUAUUAUUCAUAAAAUAAAGUUGUUAUCUAUGGGGUUCUCAUGAAACCAUGGGGUGUUCCUCUUUUAUAUAUAGCUAAUUUUCUUGUAUUCUUUUCGGAAACUAGUGAAACCUUGGUAAUUUUUCAUGUCCUUCUAUGGUGGCUGUAAAAGUGUAGCAGUCAUCUUUGAGAAUCAGAUACUUUAUUAGCUAAUAUUUCACCUUCUAUUUCUCCUGGCGUGUGAUCUUUUUUUCAGGUUGCCUAUGGUUAUGCUCCAAAUUUGAGGAAGACCAUUCUCUUGCACUUUCUCCAUCUGUUUCAGUCAAAACAGUUGGGACAAGAUCAGUUAGUUGUUGCCAUGCAAAUGCUUGUUCUUCCAAUGCUAGGUGAUGCCUUUCAGAAAAAUAUGAAAUCUGAGGUCGUUGAUCCUGCAAUUCUGAAAACAAUUGUUGAGAAGCUUCUCGACCCCCCAGAAGAGGUUCUCUGUGGAACUUUGGAAACCUGUCUCUUUUUCUGUGUUGUUUUCACAUUUUUACAUUUUUAGGACUACAGGUUCAUCAAUCUGAAAGUGCUUCGUUCUGUUGCAGAUUAGUGCAGAAUAUGACGAACCUAUGCGAGUUGAACUUUUACAGCUUGCUACAUUACUCCUCAAGCAUCUGCAAAGUGAUCUCGUUCACCAUCGCAAGGAACUAAUAAAGUUUGGCUGGAAUCAUCUAAAGCGUGAAGAUAAUUCUAGUAAACAGUGGGCAUUUGUCAAUGUCUGUCACUUUCUGGAGGCCUAUCAGGCCCCGGAAAAGAUUAUACUUCAGGUAUUCAUGUGAUGGGAAAUUAUACUUCCUUCUCAAGUUAACCAGUAUUUUUCCCUCCUGGCAUCCGUUUGCAAUACAUCAUUUCUCUUUCCCUUUUCAUUGUUAUCAGCUGGGAAUGGUUUAAAUAGAAUGUUUAAGCUUGAAGAUCUAUGUGAACACUAAAUACGUGCUUUGCUUGUGAUGAAAUGAAGAUGUUUGGAUCCAUAAUGUAAAAUAAAAGGUGUGGCACCGACAAUUUUUGUUUUUGGUGUGUUGACUCCAAUAUCUUUUAUUAAUAAUGUAUAAUACGUGUAAUGGACCAGGAAAUUGGAAUUCUACUCCAUAUUGGCUGGCAUACUACUCGGCAGUUUUUUUAUUGAUUGUUUUAAUGAGUUGAUUUUGGAUGUAAGUCUUAAAGUUUAUAAACAUGAGUAUUCAGUAACUUGCUUGGUCUCUAAAAAUCAGAAAUUAACUCAGCAGAUUGGGACAUAUACUUUUUAAACUGAUGGUGUAGUAAGAUAACGCAAUGAGCAUUUUAUUGUUGCAGGGCAUUUAUUUUUGCAUUGGUUGGGAUCCUAUUUCUUCCUAGAUUGCCUGAUAGUUUUGGCAAUACACUCCCUGAAAGUUGUAAAACUAUCAAAUGAACGUAUUCCAUGGACGCAAAGGCCCAUUGAAAAUGAAACUCCCAUGGAUGAUUCAUGUGACUACAUCUUAGGAAGUUAAGUUGGGAACUAAACUACCGCGGGAUGCUAUUAGUGGCUUCUCUUAUUAGAAGUGUUGGAGGAUGAGAGUUUUGUUUCUAUGAACAACUUCUAAGUUCCCUCAAUUUGGGAAAAUUGUGGGUCCUCAUCAUCCCCUGAACUGUAAAGCCCCCAAUAGGUCUACCAGGACACUUAAAGCGUGGAAGAAUAUUUGGUACAACUAAAACUCUAAUUAUGCCACUUCUCAUUAGUACUCUUCUUAUUUUACACAGAUGUCCAUAAUUCUGGUUAUUAAUGAUUAUAUUAAAGGCUUUGGGGCAUCUAAUCUAAAAAAAUGCUUGGUAGUAGAGUGGGCCCAUCUUUGUAACUUUUGGAGUAAUCAUAAUGGACUAUUUUUUCCUGCAUAGAAGUCAACUUUUGAGUUUCGAACAACGUAAAUAGGGUACAUGCAACCAAGGACAACCAUCGGCUUAAAUGCCAUAUAAAACUUAUGGGCCAUCCAACUCAAUCAAUGGAUACUGAGUGGAUUCCAUUUUUUCUCUUUUGUGUAAUGUGUUGACAUUUAUUAGGUGAAUUUUUUGAAGAGUAUCUUUGGUUGACACCAUGUAUUCUUAGUUCUAUUCUUCUCAUGAUGGGUCUACACCUAGAUCAGCUUGAUCAUAUGUUUGAUUGUCGACGUCUUUAUUCUCAUGAAAUUGUUUUGUUUUAGUUUUCAUGCAUAUCACGUUGCAUGGUUCUUUUUCCCUUUAAAAAUAGAUAUAAUGAAGAAAUAAAAAAGUGAUAACUGCUGUUCAGUUCAUUGUAAUUAUCUGGUGUUUUAUAUCAAAGAACUGGUCAGGUCAUUGUGAUUUUUACUGUAUCGAUUAACAAUUUACUUUUUCUAUUUUUUAUUAGGUUUUCAUUGCACUUUUGAGAACUUGUCAGCCAGAAAACAGGCUAUUGGUGAGACAAGCUCUUGAUAUACUAAUGCCCGCACUGCCGAGAAGACUUCCUCCUGGAGAUUCUCGUGUGCCAAUCUGGAUUCGCUACACCAAGAAGAUUCUUGUUGAAGAAGGUCACUCAAUUCCUAAUUUAAUUCACAUAUUCCAGCUAAUAGUACGCCAUUCAGACCUCUUCUAUAGCUGUAGAGCACAAUUUGUUCCUCAAAUGGUGAACUCUCUUAGUCGGCUUGGAUUACCAUUCAAUACUACUACAGAAAAUAGACGGCUGGCCAUCGAACUUGCUGGGUUGGUUGUUUCUUGGGAAAGACAAAGGCAGAACGAAGUAAAAGCUGUACCCGACAGAGAGGGACAUGGCCAACUUGCUGAUGUUUAUAGCUCUGGUUCCGUUAGUGCUGAUUCAAAGCGUCCAUCAGAUGUCUCUACAUUUCCUGAUGAACUUAGUAAACGGGUGAAGGUUGAGCCGGGACUGCAGUCUCUUUGCAUCAUGUCACCAGGUGGAGGAUCCAUCAGCAAUAUUGAAACACCAGGAUCUGCCAGCCAUGCUGAUGAGGAGUAUAAACCUAAUCCAGCGAUGGAGGAAAUGAUUAUAAAUUUUCUCAUCAGAGUGUGUAACUUCUCUCUCUCUCUCUCGCUUUUUUAAUCAUAUAUGCUAUUUCUUCAGUUCUCUUCAGGGAAUUUGAAUUGUCUAUUUAGUAUGCAAUGGUGUGAUGGGCCUUGGUAACUCCUGAAUGCUUCUUUCUUUUAGUCGUUAAGAAAGAUUUUAAUUAUGUUCGGCGCCUGACUGAACUUAUGUGAACUGAAUUAUGUUUAUAAUUACCCUGGAUUUGCUAGUCUCUCUGUUUUGCUAGCCCAACAUUAAUUUUUGUACAGCCAGGAUUUGUUUAGCUUUCAUGUGUUUUUAUAUGUACUAGUUACAUUUGUUAUCGUUCUCACCAUUAUCCUCUUUGCGGGCCUUUAUCCCUUUUCAUGGGGGUCCUAUCUUGGAUCUUUUUAAAAACUCAAGUUCCUCGUAAUUGGUUGAUCCUCAUCCAAUGUUGCUAACUUUUACUAUCUGAUCAGAUUCUUUCUUGCUUGAAUUGACCAAUGCCGAUAAACUUAGGCUUUUGGAGGAAGAUGGCACAACAUGUCUAUCAGUCUGUCGCUGUUGUCCUCGUGAAAAUACCCUGCAAUCAGUCAAUAUUUCUUGGUUCAUUGCUUUUCCUUUACCUCAUCAAGAGACAAUUAUUUUUGGAAGUUUCUUUUUUCUUAUGAUCUCCAACUCUUCAAUAAUCCUUGUUGUUCUUAGUAUUGCUUCCUUUACCAUGCCUGGUCUGACAGGUGACUGUAUUGGGACUGUAUGUAUAGUCUAGUUUUUGCCAUUCUGAGACAUAAUGCUACCAGACCAGCCAAAGUUGAGGGGGAAUUUGUUGGUAUUUUCUGUAUUUUGAGUUUUUUUAAUAAACAAGUAUGAACCAUCCAGUUCGUCUUUACCAGCACAAGAGCCAUUUAUGAGUCUUUAGUCCACUUUUUUCACACCUUUUAUGUCCCUUUUUAGCGGUCUCAACUUUGAGGUGCAACUUCUUUCAUCUUCCGGACAUGAGUUAUUUCCAGUUUUGAAUCUGUACAAAAAAUAUCUGAGCUUAUCUACUAUGUACUCACUCUGCUGGCUAGUCCAUGAUGGCAUCUAUCAAGUCAUUUUAGUACUGCUUUACUACUUUAUUUUUCUAAUUAUGUGAUGAUUGCGAUCCGUGAAAUUAUGGAAUUGAAGUGUGCUUGGUUGAUGGUUCCUGCCCUGUGCAUUCUUAGGUUCGUGAUUUUCUACUUUCAUUAUUUAUUGACUUAUAAUGUUUCGACCGUUUGGACAGGUUGCUUUGGUUAUAGAACUCAAAGAUAAAGAGUCAACCUCUAUGUACAAUACUGCUUUGGAACUGCUAUCUAAUGCUCUGGAGGUGUGGCCAAAUGCUAAUGUUAAAUUUAACUAUUUAGAGAAGAUACUUGGUAGUAUCCAACCAUCUCAGUCAAGGGACCCUGCUGCAGCUUUAGCACAGGGUCUUGAUGUAAUGAAUAAGGCGCUGGAGAAGCAGCCACAGCUGUUUAUCCGCAACAACAUUAAUCAUAUUUCUCAAGUACGUUUUCUUCAGUUCAGUCAUAAGUGCUGUUUUGUUGGAAAAUUCUAAAAGUAUUUUAACGUUCUUAAGUGUCUCUUUGCAGAUACUUGAACCCUGUUUCAACAGCAAAAUGUUAGAUGCUGGAAAGUCUUUAUGCUCCUUAUUGAAAAUGGUCUUCAGUGCUUUUCCCAUGGAGGCACUUGAUACGCCACAAGAUGUUAAGAUGCUAUACCAAAGGGUUGAAGAUCUAAUACAAAAACAUCUUGCUGCAGUGGCAACCCCUCAAAUAUCUCUUGAUAUUAGUUCUGCCAAUGCAGUGAUAAGCUUUAUACUUUUUGUUGUGAAAACCUUAACAGAUGUGCAUACCAAUUUCAUUGACCCAUUCCUUCUUUCGUUGGUUCGUGUCCUUCAGCGUCUUACACGGGAUAUGGUACCAUCGUCUGGUUCUCAUGUUAGACAAGUAUGGUUUGUCUAUGUGCACUUUUCUUUUUUAACUUUUUGUUCUGGUUUGAUAUUCUGUUACUCAAAGUUUAACUGGACUUUAAUUAACAGUAGCAUCUACACUCUGAUAAAUAUAUGACACAAUUGAUUCUGGAAUAUGAAGUUUAUGUUCAGAGAACUAUAUUGCAUCAAUGCUGACGGAUUUUUUUUUGUUUUUAAUUGGAAAGUUUGAGUGUGAAAUUGACUGUGAAUUGCUUUGUAUUAUGCUUUCAUUAUUUUCAGCAAAGGAAUUAUGACAAGUUUUGAACUUUUCCGGCCAGAUUUAAACAUUGCUUUUCCUUGAAUUCACUCUCCGAUUUCCAUGAAGACCUAUUUCGUACUAAACCGAGAAUACUAUGUGUAUUUGAAGGUCGGAAGGAUUUAUUGGUUGUAAGUAAAGGCGAAUGGGGCUUUGUAGUAUAUCCUCGCCCAUAUACUCAUGCUUUGUAGAAUAUUUUUUUCAAUAUUCUUCAUCAAUGCAUCACUAUAUGAUGCAUCAAUCCAAAUUCUAUGGUCAAGAAUGAACUCUCCGUAAAUUAGAUAGUCAUGCAAACUAUUUUAGCCUGGUCGUUUAUCAUGUUAAGUGAUGUUAGGAGUUGUCUACUUUUCAGGGUCAAAAAAUGGAUAUGGAUUCAGCAGUAAGUUCACAUGCCCUUAUGGACUCUGCUUCAGUUGUAUCCAACAUGAAAUGCAUUUUGAAACUCAUCAGUGAAAGGGUAAUGCAUUCUCUUGAUUGCAAGCGAUUAACAACCCAAAUACUACAUGUACUGCUUUCAGAAAAGGCUACCGAUCACAGUGUUCUCUUGUGCAUACUCGAUGCUAUAAAAUUAUGGAUUGAAGACGACUUCAGAUCAGCUGCAUCUGGUUCGUCAAGUCCUAUUCUCACUCCAAAGGAGACAGUUGCAUACCUUCAAAAGCUCUCACAAGUUGAAAGGCAGAGUUUCCCUCCAAGUGCAGUUGAAGAAUGGGAUAGGAAAUAUCUCCAGCUUCUUUAUGGAGUCUGUGCUGAUUCGAACAAGUAUGUAGUCUCGUAGAUUUUCUAGUGGUGGUGUAAAAAAAUCCAUCCCGACCUCAACGAAUAUUUACACAAAUUUUUGCUAACAAUUUUCAUGGCUAACAGAUAUCCAUCGCCCCUUCGUCACGAAGUCUUCCAGAAGGUUGAGAGACAAUUCAUGCUUGGUCUACGAGCCAAGGAUCCAGAAAUCAGACAACGUUUCUUUUUGCUUUACCAUGAUUCUAUUGACAAGACAUUAUUCGUGAGGCUUCAAUUUAUCAUUCAACAACAGGACUGGGAAGCUAUAUGCGAUUGCUUCUGGUUGAAACAGGGUCUUGAUCUGCUGCUGGCAAUUUUAGUGGAGAAUGAACCUAUCAAUUUGGCUCCUAAUUCUGCACGCAUUCCUCCACUCAUGAUGAUAUCAGGUUCUCUUCCAGAUCGUUCUUUGGCCCAGCAGGCGAUUUCUGACACUCCUGAAAGGUCUGAAGGGGAUAUGAUGUCAUUUGAAAGCCUUGUAGCCAAGCAUGUGCACUUUUUAAAUGAGAUGGGAAAACUUCAGGUACACUUAUUCCGUUUUUUUUAGAAUAUCCCAUUUCCCAUGUUACUAUCUUCCAAUAGUUUUGUAAAUUUACAUCUUGCAUUGUCAGUUUACAUAAACCCUAAACUUCAGGUACACCUUUCUGUUUUUUAUAAACAUCUCCUUUUUUCAUAUUAUCAAAUUCAAAUAGUUCGUAAAUUUAUAUUUUGCGUUGUCAGCGUGCCUGCAUAUAUUGUUUACAUAUUAAUUCAUAAGAUUAGGUCGCCUCUUUUCUCACUAAAUAAAAUCUUGGUACCCAAAUUGAGACGAACCAGCUUGUACAAAUUGCAAUGCUCAAAACUAUCUUGACCAUUACAUUUUCCUUUUAUAUAUUAUUUGUUUCUUUAUUUAUUAUGGUUGUCAGCUUACUCCGCACAUUUAAUGUUUGCCAACUGAUCCCAUUAAUUGCCUGUUUUGCUUUAGGUAUCUGAUCUUGUUAUUCCAUUGAGAGAACUAGCACACACAGAUGCGAAUGUUGCAUACCAUUUGUGGGUGUUAGUAUUCCCCAUCGUCUGGGUAACUCUGCACAAGGAAGAACAAGUCCAACUUGCUAAGCCAAUGAUUGGCUUGUUAUCCAAGGAUUAUCACAAACAGCAGCAGGCCAGUAGACCAAAUGUCGUGCAAGCACUUAUAGAGGGACUUCAUCUAAGCCACCCACAGCCUCGGAUGCCGAGUGAGUUAAUCAAGUAUAUUGGAAAGACAUACAACGCAUGGAAUAUUUCACUAUCGUUGCUGGAGAACCAUGUCAUGUUGUUCACGAAUGAUACCAAAUGCUGUGAAUCACUAGCGGAACUUUACAGACUUCUUAAUGAAGAAGAUAUGAGAUGCGGGCUCUGGAAAAAGAGGUCAAUUACUGCAGAGACGAGGGCUGGACUUUCUUUGGUUCAGCAUGGAUACUGGCAACAAGCUCAAAACCUCUUUUAUCAGGCCAUGAUUAAGGCGACCCAGGGUACUUACAAUAAUGCGGUCCCCAAGGCUGAAAUGUGCCUCUGGGAAGAACAAUGGCUUUACUGUGCCAAUCAGCUAAGUCAGUGGGAUGGCUUGGUGGAUUUUGGUAAAAGUGUAGAGAACUAUGAAAUACUUCUUAACUGCCUUUGGAAGAUUCCAGACUGGGUACAGUUAAAAGACGUGAUUUCAAAGGCUCAGGUCGAAGAGACCCCAAAACUUCGUUUAAUUCAAGCUUUUUCCGCACUUCAUGACAGGAACCACAAUGGUGUUGGGGAAGCUGAAAAUAUUGUAGGGAGAGGUGUUGAAUUGGCGUUAGAACGUUGGUGGCAGCUGCCUGACAUGUCUGUGCAGUCUCGAACACCACUCCUGCAGCAAUUUCAACAGCUGGUUGAGGUGCAAGAGUCGUCAAGAAUACUUUUGGACAUCGCCAAUGGAAACAAGCAACACUCUGGGAGUUCUGCUUCUGGAGUCCAUAAUGGCUACAUGGAGCUCAAAGAUAUUCUUGAGACAUGGAGGCUUAGGACUCCUAAUGAGUGGGAUAAUUUAUCCGUAUGGUACGACUUACUCCAGUGGAGAAACGAGAUCUACAAUGUUGUUAUUGAGAAUUUUAAGGACUUUGCUUCGACCAAUCCUCAGCUGCAUCACCUUGGCUACCGUGAUAAGGCCUGGAAUGUCAAUAAGCUUGCCCAUGUGGCUCGUAAGCAAGGAUUGCAUGAUGUUUGUGUGUCAAUACUUGAGAAAAUGUAUGGACACUCUACCAUGGAAGUACAGGUAAGAAUGCAUAUUCUUCAAUCAUAUUUCUCUGGCCUUGUUGUCGACAUAUCAUGACUGUCGCGAGCUCUCUUUCCCUUUUUUCAGGAGGCUUUUGUAAAAAUAAGAGAGCAGGCAAAAGCUUAUCUGGAGAUGAAAGGAGAAUUAACUAGUGGUAUCAAUCUGAUCAACAGUACGAAUCUUGAGUAUUUCCCUGUGAAAAAUAAAGCUGAAAUUUUCCGUCUCAAGGGAGACUUUUUAGCGAAGAUGAACGACUCUGAAAAUGCUAAUAUCGUGUAUUCCAACGCUAUAACUCUUUUCAAGAACUUGCCAAAAGGAUGGAUCAGUUGGGGAAACUACUGUGAUCUGGUACUUGCUGUGACCGUCCGACUUUAUAUUGAUUUUGUGUUUUUUUUUUUUCAUUUCUAAUUAUAGCAUUAACGGGGCACAUCUCAAUCAACAGGUUUACAAGGAAACAGGUGAAGAAGCCUGGCUAGAAUACGCUGUGAGCUGUUUUCUCCAAGGCAUCAAGUGCGGGGUUUCAAACUCUAGAAGCCAUCUUGCCCGCGUUCUCUACCUCCUCAGCUUUGACACACCAAACGAGCCUGUUGGGAGAGCCUUUGACAAGUACAUGGACCAGGUGCCACAUUGGGUUUGGCUUUCGUGGAUACCACAGCUCUUGUUGUCCUUGCAGAGAACUGAAGCACCACAUGCUAAGCUCGUCCUGCUUAAAAUUGCUGCAGUCUAUCCUCAGGUAAACAUCGAAGCACAGGUGGGCAUAACCUUUGAUAUCUUCGAUGGGGAUUUCCUUCUUCUAAAACCCACCAUAAUUGCAGGCAUUAUAUUACUGGUUGCGCACAUAUCUGAUGGAACGUCGUGAUAUCACCAACAAGUCUGAGCUCGGGAGGAGCAUAGCAAUGGCGCAGCGCAUGCAGCAGACUGUUUCAGGCAGCACUGGUGGCCCCCACGGCCUGUCUGAUGGGACUGUAAGGGGUUCCGGCCAUGAAUCUGCUGCCACCCAGGGGCCCCAGACUGGUUCCACUUCCCACGAUGGUGGAAACCCUCUGGGAAGCGAAUCUGAUAAGCCCGCGACCGCAGAAGGUGGCGCAAGUACAGUGCACGACCAACCUUUGCAAAACCCUCCAUCUAUUUCAGAAAGUGGCCAAAACAACACAUCAAAACGCACUGGUCCUCUGGGAUAUGUGGCAUCAGCUGCCAGUGCCUUUGAAGCUGCGAAGGAUAUCAUGGAAGCUCUCAGGAACAAGCAUUCAAAUUUGGCUAAUGAACUCGAGGUAACUUCGAUAUUCCAAAAUAUUUCAAAUAUCACCCGCCCUUCUCCUAUUUAACUUGGAAUGGGUUUCAUUUUUAUGAUUUAUUUAUUUCUUUUUUGUUCAUGAAAUACAUCAAACUUCCCCUUUACUGCCUGCUGCUGCUACGAAACCCGGGAAAGUGAAGCAGAGACUAAUUUUAAUCCUUCACCAAUGUUAUCCUUAAUAUGAAAAAUUAAGCAGAGACUAUGAAGAAAUAAUACGUGCUCUAGCUGGUUUGUAGCUGCAUAACUGGUCUUUGCAUUUUUCUGAGGGCAUUUCAGUCAUUAGAUUAGGGUUUUGAGGGUGGAUGCACGAGGUCUGCACACCUCCCUGAGCUUUUCCCCCCACCGAUUGGCCUCUGUAGAUCGCUCCAUGUUAGGUGAGAAGGGAUCGCGUGUAGCAUAUACACACUUCAGUGAUGGGCUGGCUGAUGGUGAAUCCUCUCCGUUCGUUUGUUUUGGUUUGGUUUGGUUUUUUUUCUGGUCAAUCCCUGAACGGAUCAGACUGCCUGUGCAAUGAGGCAUCUAAGAAGAUGUGUUAUCGAAUGAAUAUCUGACCGGGCGAUGCGCUGUUGCAGGCUCUGUUAUCUGAAAUCGGCUCAAGGUUCGUGACUCUGCCGGAGGAAAGGCUUCUGGCAGUGGUCAACGCACUCCUCCACCGCUGCUACAAGUACCCAACAGCCACCGUGGCCGAGGUUCCGCAGUCCCUCAAGAAGGAGCUCUCUGGGGUCUGCAAGGCUUGCUUCUCGGCAGAGGCUGUGAACAAGCACGUUGACUUUGUUCGAGAGUAUAAGCAAGACUUCGAAUCCGACCUUGAUCCAGAAAGCACGUCGACUUUCCCUGCCACGCUCUCUGAGUUGACCGAGCGGCUGAAACGAUGGAAGAAUGUUCUCCAGAGCAACGUGGAGGACAGAUUCCCCGCGGUCUUGAAGCUGGAAGAUGAAAGCAAAACCCUUCGCGACUUCCAUGUGGUUGACGUGGAAAUCCCCGGGCAGUACUUCACGGAUCAGGUCCAGACCUCACCUCAGCCUCUUUUCUUCCCUUUUUUUUUCUUUUUACAACAAAAAAUUACUUUUUUAUUUUAAAAAAUCGCAGGAAAUCUCCUCAUGGUUUUUUUGAAAUAAUCCAUAUUUAUUUAUUUAUUUUUAUUUAACCUGAUCAUGCUAUAAUUCUAUUUCUUUUUUUAUUUAAAAAAAUCGCAGGAAAUCUCCUCAUGGUUUUUGAAAUAAUCGAUAUUUAUUUAUUUAUUUAUAUUUAACCUGAUCAUGCUAUAAUUCUAUUUUCUUUAACAUCCCAGGAAUAUCAGGCGACAAUUUCCGAUUUUUUUUUUUUCAACGUCCCGGGAGUCUCUUCCUGAUCAUUAAACAGAUUAUUUUCUUCCUACUUAUAUAUUUUUUUAAAAAAAAUCAAUUAUCACAGGAAGUUCCUCCAGAUCACACAAUCAAGUUGGACCGGAUCGGCCCGGACAUCCCCAUCGUGCGGAGACACGGCAGCAGCUUCCGCCGCCUGACGCUCAUCGGGUCCGACGGCUCCCAGUCCCACUUCAUCGUACAGACCUCGCUGACCCCGAACGCCAGGAGCGACGAGCGCAUCCUCCAGAUCUUCCGCGUCCUGAACAAAAUGUUUGACAAGCACAAGGAGUCGCGGCGGCGCCACCUCUGCAUCCACACCCCCAUCAUCAUCCCCGUAUGGUCGCAGGUGAGGAUGGUGGAGGACGAUCUCAUGUACAGCACUCUGCUGGAGGUGUACGAGAUCAACUGCGCCCGUCACAACCGGGAGGCGGACCUGCCGAUCACCCGCUUCAAGGAGCAGCUCAACCAGGCCAUCUCCGGGCAGAUCUCGCCGGAGGCGGUAAUCGACCUCCGCCUGCAGGCCUACAACGACAUCGCCAAGUCCCUCGUGGCCGACAACAUCUUCUCCCAGUUCAUGUACAAGACACUCCCCACCGGCAACCACCUCUGGGCCUUCAAGAAGCAGUUCUCCGUCCAGCUCGCCCUCUCCUGCUUCAUGUCCUACAUGCUCCAGAUCGGCGGCCGCUCCCCGAACAAGACCCUCUUCGCCAAGAACACUGGCAAGAUCUUCCAGACCGACUUCCACCCCGGUCUGCCCCCCCUCUCUCUAAUCCCUCCUUAGCUCAUCCCUUCUCUCUCUCUCUCUCUCUCUCUCUCUCUCUCUCGCUAACUCUCUUCUCUCUCUUCUGUGCUUGGAGCAAAACAGCUUACGACGCCAAUGGCAUGAUCGAGUUCAACGAGCCGGUGCCCUUCCGGCUGACGAGGAACAUGCAGGCCUUCUUCUCGCACUUCGGAGUGGAGGGCCUGAUCGUCUCCGCCAUGUGCGCCGCCGCGCAGGCCAUCGUCUCCCCAAAGGUUUAUUUUUUAAAUUUAAAGAUUUUCUUUUUCUUUUUUUGGAUCAUAAUUCAUUCCUAAAAAUGGUGUGCUGCCGUUGGGUUUGGUUUCAGCAAAGCAACCACAUAUGGUACCAGCUCGGGAUGUUCUUCCGGGACGAGCUGCUCUCGUGGUCGUGGAGGCGGCCGCUGGGCAUGCCCUCGGCGGCGGCUCUUCCAGCGGGGGGCAUAAACCCCCUCGACUUCCAGCAGAAGGUCACCAUCAACGUGGACAACGUCAUCAGCCGCGUCAAGUCCAUUUCGCCUCAGUACUUCUCCGAAGAGGUCAACUCUCUCUCUCUCUCCCUCUCUCAGCGUGGACCUAGCGUAUGUACCAGGCAAUCAAUAUCGUUUUCUGUUGUUCCACGUGGCAGGAAGAGGAUAACACGACGGACCCGCCGCAGUCGGUGCAGAGGGGGGUGACGGAGCUGGUGGACUUGGCACUGGCCCCGAGGAACCUUUGCAUGAUGGAUCCCACGUGGCAUCCCUGGUUCUGA